AUGCCUCUCUGUCCAACCCCAGCCUCGCGGCAGCGCUCUCGUUCCGAGAAACACCACCCCGCCGCUGCUCCGGGAGGACCCUCCUCCUUCUCUCCUUCCGGCUCCUGCGCAGGGUCUCCCACAGACCCCCUCCCGCCCGCUGUGCUUCCAGGCCCGCCUCCUUCAGGCCCGCCGCAACCUCGCGGCGUCCGGGCUGCUCUCCGCACCGCCUCCGCUUCCGUAGGCCUCCGCCCGGGGCCUCCGCCCGGGGCCCCCGAGGCUCCGCCUCUGGGCACGCUCCUCCCCGGUGUCGUCCGGCCCGCCAGCCCUCGGGACCCCCCGCCAGCCACCUCCGCCCCUCCUCCCGUCAGGCCCCGCCCCGGGCCCGCCCUCCUCCUCUCGGCGCCCAAGCUCGGGACCUUUCCAAAGCCAGGCGCGGGGGUGCGCGGGGAGCCCACGCGUUUGGAGAGCCGGGCCGGGGCAGGGCGGCGCCGAGGACCGAGUGCUCGGGUGGCUCCGGUGGCACGAUCCGUCCAGAAGGACGCAGACGAGAACCGGGCCGGAGCCGAAGCUGCGGGCAGGCCGCGUGCCGAGGGCCUGCCUUGCCUUCCCCUCCCCGCGCGCGGCCGAGUGGUGGCGGCCAGGAGCAGGACUCGUGGCUGCGGGGCCCGCGCCUCUGUCAGUGCGGCGGGGCGCGCGAGCGGCGCGGGGCGCGGAGCCGAGGGGAGCCGAGGGGGGCGGAAGCGGUGGCGACUCUCGCGCGUGUGCUCCGCCGGCUCCUCACGCGGCGGCCGGGCCCGCCUCCUCCCUCCCUCCCGGCCUCCGAGAGCGGCCGCGCCGUCGCCUUCCGCGCCGCGCGGCUUCCUCCAGAGCUCGGCGCGGGUGAGUCCUGAUUCUAGAGACAGCUGCUGUUGACCCUGUAACCCUAAGGACGAAAUAGCUGGCUAAACUCAUUCUUGGUA